UAAAUGUGAAAUAUGCAAGGGAUCAGUGGAAGAUAAGGUCCAUAUGCAGCAGGACAGACAGCUGUGUGAACAGUUCCUGGACUCUCUCUCACGGCUGGAAGACUGGCUACAGAUAACACAGACGGCAGCUUCUCUUCAGAAGCCUUCUCGAACCCUUCAUGAAGAAGUCAAAAUGGCAUUGAGAAAAUAUGAAGUUUUCCUCAUGGAAAUUCGAGAGAAGUUGCUGGACCUGGAAACACUAAACAGGAAGUAUUGGAGAAUCACACAGAUUUCUCACAAGAUGUUGCUUCCAACUACUCUUCGAAGAAGGAUGCAGGAAGUCAACGACUUCUGGGACCAUUUGCAAAAGGAGGCAGAGAGCAUCUAUCAGAAUUUGAAGUCCAAGGUCCAGCAAAGAGAGGAAUUUGAUACAGAUCAAGAUGAUGUGAAGCUGUGUCUAACUGAGAUGGAUAUGGAACUGUCCAGUGUAGAGUAUAUCUACAAUGGUAACUCAACUGAGAAAAUGCAACAACUGAAGGCCUUCCAGGAGGAUAUAUGGAAUAACAUGAAGCGUGUAGAGGGUCUCUUAGAUCGAGGAGAUCAGCUCAUAUAUGAAAGUGAUCCACAAGAUGCGGUGGCUUUGGAGGAGGAGAUGACAGAGCUAGGCUCAUACUGCCAGGAGAUAUUCAUCCGCCUCUCUCGACUGCAGAAACGGCUUGUGAGCACCAAGCUGGUCUUUGAAGAUGAUGUACUCGAUAGUGGCUUUGAACAUGUAUCAUCUGGGUCUUCUGAUGUGUUCCUUGACCUUGACUUUGAAGAUGAGGAAGUUCCUGGUCUACCUAUUCUUCCCCCUGCCAAAUCAGCCCUUGCCAUUGAUCUGGAAUGGGACCCAAUGGGGGAUGUUGGUAGUUCAGGGUCUCAUGAUGAACUCUCAAAAUCUGCCCCUCGAAAGAUAUUACGGAGAAAUAAAUGCACCGAGAGUAGUGUCAGUACUGACUCCGGGGUCACUAAUUCCAAACACAGGAGCCAUGAGGACCUGUUCCCAGUGGAAGAAGAUUUUCCUUCCUCCACUGUACCAAGAGGCAAUGUUAUCUCAGAGGGAUUCCGAAGAACUGUGAUCGACAUCCAAGUGCAAACAGUAGAUAGCCGGGUUUUGUGCAAUGAUAUGCCAGGCUUGGAACCAGGACGAUUAGAAGUUGUUUUAUGUGACACACUGGAUUCGGGACACAAGAUAGAUAUUCUCCAGCAUGCACCUAGAUAUGACUGCACUAUGCCGGAUCUGGGAGCACCAGUUGCUUCUAAUACCCAAGUGACUGACAGCCGCAUACAGCACAAUGUCCCUGGGCAGAGGAGAAGACCGGGGAAGAAAAAGAAGGUGAAUCAGAUACAGGAGGUUAAAAGGAAGCCUCAGCCUGCAAGGCCAGAUGUGUCAAUUCUCAUGGAUACUGGAGAUGACAUGACCAAGUUGAAGUCCUACAAAUCCUCCUAUCGAUGUGCGGGUCCCCUUUGGCUUUCAAUCAAGUGUUUGACCCUUUUAUCCCUCGUGUUCCUCCUCCUGUGUGGAUCACUACUCAUCUUUCCAUUAAGUCAUACAAGAUGUCCUUUACAGCGAUUUUCCUGGACUUUGAUGCUCACCUACGUUAAUGGACCUCCACCCACAUAAACAGGCAUGGUGUAGCAUGCAAAGACUUUUAGGAGAGACACUCUGGGCACAAGAACUGCACUUUAU